CAACUCUUUGUGCAUGAAGACUAAAUUGGUUAAAAGCUCAUCAAUUUGUAACAUAAAUGAGAAAUGAAUUGGUGAGUGAGUAAUAUGGCUAGGCAGCCGGUGGUCUGUUACCGGCGUCAUCUAAACGGCGAGUCAUCAAACUCGGUCGAGCUUGUGGGACGACAGGCAAUCAAUUUGGAGACGGUACCAUCGGCAAGAAUGCCCAUGAAACUAUUGCUGAACGUGAACGUGGAAGGAAGCUUUGGGCCGAUUCCGGUUGUGAUCCAUGCAGAAGAGACGGUUGAGGGUUUGGUAAAGGCUGUAAUUGAGAUCUAUGUGAAGGAGAAGAGACGGCCAUUGUUGGCGAAAUCCGAUCACCGGCUUUUCGAGCUUCAUUACUCGACAUUUAGCUUGGACAGUUUAAAGAUGGAGGAGAAGUUGAUGAAUUUGGGGAAUUCAAGAAAGUUUUAUUUGUGUCGAAAGAAGGUGGUGGCUGCCAUCACUUGCAAGAAGGAAGCAGAGACAAUUGCAGAAUCUGGCUUCUUCAUGUCCAAAUUGUUGUUUUUAUUAUAAUUAAUUACUUCUUUUUAAUUAAUAAAUCUAAUGUGAUGCAAUUUUCCUUA